AUGCCAAUAAAACCCAAAGGGGCUGAUUUGAACCGUAAUAUAAGUAAAUCUCGAAGCUUGCGAAGUAGAAGAUCCGAAAGAACCGAAGAACAAAUCCAGCAACAAAAUACUGAUGCACGUGUCANUUAGAACAACGACAAUCACGCCGUUUCACAGUCAAUAGACGCAGAACAAAUGACCAACAAGGACAACAGGUACGUCGAGCAUUUACAUCUGAUUCAUUCCUGCGUCUAGCAUUCCAGUAUGAGCCCGAUAUUGAAUAUUAUGCUCAUUCAAAAGUGUUAAUUGGUGCUAUGGACAAGGAAUGUCCGCAUUGUCAUGCUCUGAAAUUCAAAAAUGAGCCAGCUGGGAUGUGUUGCGCGUCAGGAAAAAUGCAACUACCUGAAAUUGAAACACCAUCUGAACCAUUGAACGGUUUACUUAUCUUUAUAUAA